CAAACCUCCGGCUUGUCUUCUUAAAUAAAGGGGCCCAGUCAGUCUUACAGAGUGUCACUCUGCUGUAAGAGCUCUCCUCAGACUCAUCUUACAGCUCUCAUCAUGGCGACCAAAAUGGUUAUCCAGCAGCCCAAGGCACUUGUGGUGUCAGCUGCUUCGGACCAGUGGACCACCAGCAUCUGCGAGUGUGAAAACGUUAAUGAAUGCUGUUUCUCUGUGUGGUGCUUCCCGUGCUACGCCUGCAUCACAGCUCGGGACCACGGCGAGUGUCUGUGUCUGCCUCUGCUGGACUCCUGCGGCUUUAUCCCCCCAGUCACGCUCUCCAUGAGGGUGUCUAUGCGCAAGCGCUACGGCAUUACGGACACCAUCUGCAAUGACUGCGUGUACUCCUUCUUCUGCGGCCCAUGCAGUUGGUGCCAAAUCAGGCGUGAGAUGAAGGCCAGACUUCAUCCGGUUACAUUUUUCAACAACAGGCCAACUGGCUAAACACUGGCUGAGCAAAGGCUUGAAUCACCCUCAUCACCACCACCAUUACCCUCCUCAUCAUCAUCAUCACAUUUACCCUGGCAUCAUAACCAUCACCAGCAGCACAACUGAAAAGCACGUCUCUACCUGACAUUAACUUCUCCUCCUACUCCUGAUUGCACAUGUGUCUGGAUGAAAUCUGAAGUCUGGAUCAUCCCUCAUUCACACUCUCACUGAUCUGAAGGCCGUUUCCAGUUCGACCGGGCAGUAGCACUGGCUAAUCGCUUGUUUGGGGUGCGGAACUCUGCUCAUGUAUGAAGACUGGAGCCUCCUGAUCAGAUAACAUGUAUAUUCCUAAAAAUGAAGAUGUCAAAACGGGUUCUGGGCAGCACUAUUAACCCUUGUGUGGUGUUCAUCAAAUGAUACUAAAAAAAUAUUUUUUCUAACUCAAA